AUGAAUAAUGAGAGCGAGAGAAAAAACAGUUUGAACGGCGAUGUCAGCGGGGGGGGUCUACCCUCUGCACGGCCCGCAUCUCCGGCCCCCUCCAUCUCCCUCCUGGAGGUCAAGGCGGAGACGCGCCUGGUGCUGGGGGCGUUCCUCAGGCGCGCCCUGUCCACCCCCCUGACUCAGCGCCCCGGGAGGGUCGGGGGGGCGUACCGUGACCAUAAGAAGUUCAGUGCGAGUCCUAAAGAUGACCGUGUUAGAGCAGAGGUUUCUAAAGAUGGCCGCCCUAGAGCCGAGGGUUCCAAAGAUGGCCGCGUUAGAGCCGAGGGUUCCAAAGAUGGCCGCCCUAGAGCCGAGGGUUCCAAAGAUGGCAGCUCUACAACAGAGGGUCCUAAAGAUGGCCGCUGUAAAGCUGAGGGUGAUAAGAACACGCUGACUUCUCAGAGCAGCUCAGAGGGGGAGAAAAAACUCAAAUUUAAAGGCCUGUUAAAGAAGCACCUGAAAGCUCGUUCCUUCAAAUUGCAUUUACGAGACUCACAGAAGACAGACGGCAGACUCCAGGAAGAUGUGGUGUCGCCGUAUUCAUCCACUACUGACGACGGAAGUGACGGUGAGGAGGAAAACAAGAAGAAGAAAAAGAAAAAGAAGACACUGAAGUCCCCCUUUUCCAGUAUCAUUCGUAGGAUGAAAUCUAAGAAGGACACCUCAAAUAAGGACGUCCCAAAUCCUGGGAGACCCAGUUCACUGGUGACCAGUGACACAAAAACAGACCCAGUGGAGCCGCUGAGGUCACCUGGCCACCCUCCUGAGUUCUAUGCUGAAGUGGCAGAGUCCAUUGACAGAUUUGCUAUGAAACACAGUUUGGAGACGCAGGAGCACUCUCUGGCCAGCUCAGCCAAUAACAAGGAGGCUGUGGUGCAGCAGUUGGUCCAGAUUCUACAAAUACAAGGAGAUGCCAUCAAUGACAGGAUCCAGUCCAGCCCUUUCUUACGCACCUCUCUGGCCAAUAUGUCAUACCCUUCCUUCGCCAACCUGGUGGAUAAGUUCACCAGCCAGACUCGACCCCCGGCCCCCGCCCCCGCCAGCCCCACCCUGUCCCGCAUCGCCAUGACAAUGGAGGUGUCGCGCCGUGUCGUCACGGCCACGGGUCCGCACAGGAUCCAGGGGUACGCCGAGCGCUACAUGGAGAAGUUCACCCCCUGGGUGAAAAGUCAUGGAGGAUGGGAGAACAUCCUCCAAUCAGAGGAAGUUUUGGAGUAUGACUGGCAGGACUGAGUGUGAAGUGACACCUGGGCUGAUUUCGUAUUCAGAAUUCCCCAAAAACUCAACUUUCGCUGACCCUUAUUACCCCCUUUCCUGUACAGCCGCACUUUUUUUUACUGCUUUGUGUUAUCUUUACAUUACGUUCACAUUUUAGGCAUUUAGCCGACACUCGUAUCCAGAGCAACUUGGAAUUAGUGCGCAGAGAGAAGACCUAGAUUCGUAAAUCACCCACAAGCCAAGUGGCAGUUAUUGAGAGCGCUGCAAUGGGCGGGGCUUAACAGCCUGGCGAUAGGUAAUGCUGAGUUAUGUGGAAGGGAAGGUAGAGAUGGUUUUUUUGGUAAGGAAAUGCGGGUUAGACAGGAGAAGAUGUGGAAGAAGGGAUUGGGAGUCAGACAGGUUGCUCUUCAGGUUACUCUGGCAGGUAGGGAGUGACUAUGCCGUCCUGACUGAGGGGGGCAGGUCGCUCCUCCAUUGGGGAGGCAGCAGGGAGAAGAGAGGAGGCUGGGAGGAGUGAUGACCAGGUCCUCACAGGGAGACGAGUGCGAGGCGCUGGGCACUCGUUGGAGGCCUCUGACCUCCAAGUCCUUCCAUUGGCUGUUAUUUCAUGGUCCACACUAGAUUGUAAACUGUCUACACACUGCACAGACCCUGUUGAUGGGCAGACCCUGAACAUUACAACAUAGCAGCAAUGGCCACGGCAUUGAGAAUCUUAGUCAUUGCUUUAAAUGCUUCCUGCACUAGCAGCAACUUGUCAUUUUAUGUUGGGGAAGAAGGACCUUGAUUGGUGUGAAUCUCAGUGAAUGUGCAUUUACUGUGACAACAGACAAUGCCAAAAAAACUGCUGCUUGAGGAACGAGUCCCUACUUCAAUGGAACAUCUGAACUUUGACCUUUUGCUGUUUAAAGGAACUCAGACUUUGAAACAGGAAAUAGCACCUCUAAUGAAACAGUUUGACCAACAGUAUUUUGCUGUCCUUCAGUAUAUUUCCAAUUUCACUCUUCACUCUACUGAUCCCAUACUUCUGGGGGGCCAUUCAAACGUAUGGUAACACAGUAGAGUGAAUUUAGCUAUUUUUGCUAUGUACUUACUGAAAGACAUUUGGAUUUAAAGUUGUGCAAAAUUAUGUUAAUGAACAAACUUAAACGUAAAUAAAAGCAAUAAAGUCCAAUAUUUGGUUGCAUAGCCCUUAAAUGCAAUAACUGCAUGAAGUCUAAUUUUAAAUCAGGUGUGUGACUUCGCUAGUCCAAAACUUCCCACUUUAUAAGUCUAAAAUAUAUCAUCAAUCUUUACAUUUUAAAUAAACAUUGUUUUAUAAUAAUGUUUUUAUUUAAGUACUGCGAUUUCAGGUAUGAAUUUCACAUUUGUGAAUGUUAAUUGUCUUUAUUGUCUUUUAUACCUCCAUUUUAUGUACACCUUUAUGAUGUUGAGGGUUUGUGUACUACGCAUGAAAAUCUCUCUACAAAUACAGGAAUUAAUAUUGAAGUCAUUCUCAAACGGCCCUGCACGCCUAUCGUAAUGCAACCAUCUUAUGGAAUUAGUUUCCACUUUCAGGUCCUACUCACCCUAUCAGAACAGUAGCAGUAGGACAGUCUGUUAUCAGUCACUUCCAGAAAUCCACCGUCCCCUCUCCAAAUACUCUCUGCUCCCCAAACUAUCCUUCUUUUCUGCUCAUUGUCAGAUUUUAUGUUUUCGUGAAAAAGUCUAUUUUUCUUCAGUCCUCUUUAUCUUGGGUGAAGAUGUUCUCUUUCCUUCUUACACAAUCACUGUUUUUAAACAACUUUUUUGUCAGGGGCUUGUUAAUAUUAAGACGAUUGAUCAUUAUCAGUUGGUUUUGUCUUCCAUUCCCUUUGUUAGCUUCCUAUUCAUACGAUACUGUGAGUAUGUUUUAAGUAUGUGUUGUUUUUCUGUAUUCUUUGAAAGACACAUUAGUACUGUCUAAGUACAGGGAGUGAAAAAGAAUUGCUAUGUACUCAUAUAAACUUUACCUUGCCUGUCCAUCAAUAGAUCCUUAGGAUUAGCGCUGUCCACCAUACACUACGAGUGCAAAAAAUACUGUGUACUGAAAAAUCAUACUGAAAAAAGCUGACCGUUUGUACCAAAACUCAAAACAGGCGAACCGUGGUUAUAUUAGCACUUUAUUUCGUUUUUAUUUAGUUUAAAGUGAGACAAUUUCCCUAUAGAAUGUUAAAAACACCUGCAGGAAAAGCCCCCAAAAAAACCUGGCGCUCACAGGAGGAAACUCCUAUGAGUCAUGUGACAUGUUCGCUCAUUCAUUCAUCCAACAAGACCGCAUUUUCAUGGAUAAAUCGUAAACAGGGCAAACAGGCACGUGAACAGGCCCUUCGAAAUAGAGAACCCUCCACUUAAAGGUCCAGAAAACUGAUAUCUGUGAUAUCUGUUUCAACACUGUUUUGCAUUCACAAAUGACCCAGAAAUAUUUUUAAAUGAAUUGUGGAAAAAAAAAAAUUGUUAGAAGCCUGUGCCGAGAUUGGCUGGCUUUCCGCCUUGGAUAAGCGUCAGGUUUUCAGUGGGAGGGGUAAACUCUGUACUUAGUACAUCACUAAAAUACUAAAAGACCAGAGAACUCCCUUCUGCUUGUAAUAUGUAAAUGAUGCUCUGGCCACUUCUGUGUGAGCAAGCUCAGCUUUUUCCUAAAAAGCUAUUCCAUGGCCUUUUAAAAAAUUAUUUUCUUGUCACGCUCUAGCUAGCUGGCACAACAUGAGUAAA